GGUACGGUUUAUACAUGAAAAUGAAUAUUUGCGUCUUUUUAUAGCUCAAGGUCUAUCUUAAAGGUGUAGCUGGGCGAGGCUUGGGUAGCCAUCUUGAUUGUAAAAGCAGCGAGAGAGACAUCGUUUCAGUAAAUUUCGAGUACCUUAAUUCCGGCUGUGAUGUCACGAAAUUCCGGAGUGUAUUUGGUAUCCGCCAAGAGAUCCGAGGCGUACAUGGUCUACGACAAUAACGGAUCCGACUCAACUGUUACUAUGGAGGGUAAGGAGGCUCCCAUGGUUUACGAAGAGGAGGAAGAAAGUCCCUUUUAUGGCAUGAACAAGGAGGAGUUAUUGGAGAUCUCCUCUCAGCCGUGCUGGAGACGCUUACGAGCAGCAUUCAUUGCUGUCAUCAUCCUAUUGUGGCUAGCGCUCCUGGUGACCGUUGUGGCGCUUGUGCUCAUGUACCCUAAAUGCACAGCGGCGGAGGAGAGAAGCUGGUGGCAAAAUGACGUCGUGUACCGGAUAUACGUCAGAAGUUUUAAAGAUUCUGAUGGAGACGGAAUCGGUGACUUAUCAGGUGUGGAGGAGAACCUCGACUACAUCCAGAUUCUGGGAGCUAACACGAUUUCCCUCAGUCCGGUAUUUGAAUCUGAUGCUUCAGACGACUUCAGCGUAACCGACAGUCUCCGUGUUAAUCCUGAAUUGGGGUCAAUGGAAAACCUAACAUCCCUCAUCAACAGCGUCAAGGAUAAAGGAAUGCGAAUCCUGUUGGAUUUUAUUCCAAACCAGACGAGUAAAAAUCACCAGUGGUUUGCUAGAAGUGCUUCAUCUAGUUCCUACAUGGAUACCCAUCGUAAUUACUACGUGUGGUCCCCAUACACCAACAACUGGCUAACAGUUAACGGUGACAUGGCAUGGACGUUGGACGCACAAAGGAACGAAUCCUACCUACACCAAUUUUCGACCUCGCAGCCUGACCUCAACCUCCGCAGUGGACGUGUUCAGGCCGAACUGAAGGAUAUUCUAGAAUCCUGGUUGGCGAAGGGCGUGGACGGGUUUUACGUGCGGGGCAGCGCCUAUCUGUUUGAGGAUUACGACCUGAGAGACGAAACGUCAAAUGGUGGAUCUAGCUCGAAUGCUUACGAGAACCUUGUAACACGAUUACACGUUCGCACAACCUGCAUAUUGAUAGCAGAUAUGCCUUCCAAUGGUGGUUACUCGGGACGACAAGGCGUACAGCUGUCUCUAGACCGAAAUUUCCUCAACAAGAACGGAAACUGUGAUGGCGCAUGCAUUAAGACCUACGUUGAUUCAUGGAUGUCCAACUCAAUGGAAGGACAAUGGCCAAGUUGGAUGGCAGGAGAUGAAAAUGUGGACAGAUUUGCGUCAAGGUUCAGCAGCAGCUUUAUCCGUGCUUACUACAUGUUAACCAUGCUACUUCCGGGCACUCCAGUCCUUUACUAUGGAGACGAGAUCAUGCUCAAGAAUAAUCCAGCGAUUAACACCACUUCCGGCAACAGCAGAACCAUGCGGACACUGAUGCAGUGGGGAAAUGCGACAAGUGACUUCUGUUCAGUGUCCUCUUGCUCAUCUCCAUGGAUACCACCAAACGCAGAUGCAUCUAUCGAUGUGCAGAGCCAGGAAGCAAAUUCCGAUUCCAUGCUGGAGUAUAUCCGAGACCUGACAACAUUCCGAAAGCAGACGUCCUUUAGAGUUGGAAGUUACCAUCAAGCCCUUGCAGAUGACCACAUCUUCUCGUAUGUCAGAGAGUUCAACGGCGAGAAGGGGUAUUUAGUCGCAAUUAACUUCGGGACAUCAAGUCAGACAAGAAGUUACUAUGGUUACACCAGUGUCGAGAAGGAUGCUGAAGUAGCUAUGACAUCAGGGCCGGAUGUAGACAUGGAAGUAGAGGCCGAAGUAACAACGGACUCAAUCACGCUUGGCGCCAACCAAGGAGUCGUUCUGUCAUGGGACUUCGUGGCCAAGGAGGAGUUGUAACUUGAAAUGAUAGGUUGAAGAAACGGUAUCUGUUCAGAAGUCGAGUUAUUCUAAUUGAAAAACGGAAUGUUGCGGGAAUAGUGAGGCCAACCAAGUAAACUUCAUAUCUAAAGGUAUAUGAUUGAUCAAAUAUAACUGUAGCUAUCUGUGUAUUAAUAUUAAAUACACAGGGAAUUCAAUUUGAGUAAUUCAUCUUUUUCAUGCCGACAUGAAAUACUUAAUUGUGUAAAAUAACUCACAGUAGCCGAAACACAUCCGGACUUUCAUCUUGUUUCGUAGUUAUUGUAAAGUUCCGGUUUUGGUGGAAGGAAAUUAGAAUAUACUAGAAAGUUGAAAGAGGUUUGAAUAUCUGUUUUUGCAGUAUCUAAUAUAUCCCGAAUGAAAAAAAAAAAAAACAUUUAUGUAUAAUCUACAAAGCUAUUUUUGAUUAAAGGGGACAUUCCUUCGUUCGGACAUCAGAAACAUGUACAAUUUCUAUUGAUGAAAUCUUUGUCCGAACGGUGAUUAUACGAGUGUCUGUGCCUACAUAUAAUGAAAUUAACGCCGAAAUGUACAAGAAAAAGGCAUAUCGUAUACAAAUGCCAUAUGUCUUUGAAGUAAUUAGUGUUACUUCGGGUCGAAUGAAGAAUUUUCAGAACUUAACACUCGAAGAACAUUUGUUUAUCUUGAGAAUAAAACUGCCUUAUUAAUGUUAAGAUUGUAACUUUUGCUACUUGAAAAAAAAAAAUCCAGUAAGGUUUAUUUUGACAACCUAAACAUUAUUCAAACGAAGAAAUGCCUCUCUAUGUGUAGUAAGGUUGAAUAUUAUUGUAAAAGUAGUAACGAAGUAACUCUAAUAUAUUGGCUACUUCUGUGACAAAGGAAAUCGGAAUCAAAGUAUAUGACGUAAGGAAAACUACAAUUGAUGGUAUAUGUAACCGAUAAAUAGCUUUGCUCUCAUGAUUGCUGACCAUUACAUUAAACGGAAUAGCAUGCUU